CAACAAUGCAUGAAAUGAAAGCCCAUUUUCCAUCGUCUUGUUGCUGCCUCUGUCCAUGACCGGGUGCUUGCUUUGGUGCUGAAUAAAGGUCGGGACGAGUUUGUUUAUUAUUAUAAUAUGGGCAACAGUGAUCAGGGAGGGGAUCUCUAUUUAAUGCGGACCUUUUUCUUGACAGGGGUUUUGUGGGUUUUUUUCUUUUUUCCUUCCUUUCUUUCUUUUACUUUUUAUUGGAAGGCUCUCUCGGCAAGUUUUCUUCCCUCCUUGUAUCUGCAGCUCUGGAGAUAAAAGAAAAGCUUCGCCCUUUUCCGCCUCUUUCUGAUUCUCUAUUUCUAUGGGUCUUGAGCUCCUGAGUCUGCAUCAACAAACGUGGAAUCUUAUUUAUAAAUGAGCGAUCCGGGAGAAAUGUCCGGGAAGGAUUCCGCUAUCAAGCUAUUUGGCAGGAAGAUUCCCCUGCCGGAAUGUCACAUUCCGGUGACCUCUCAAGUGGCUCCUCCUCAGAUUCCGGCCAACUCCGGAACCAUGGAUGCUUGCAGUAGCUUAAAGAAAACAGAAGCAGAAAAUGUUUGUGCAGAGAACUCUGAGCAACAAGAGAAUGCCUCUGAUUUACCAGCCAGUAAGAAAGGGUCUCAAGAUAAUCAGCUAGAAAAUGAACACAAAGCCAAUCCCAAGACUACGGAAGAUAGAGCGGAAACUAGUAGCACAGAUCAAGAUAAAUCAUUCAAGAAACCAGACAAGAUUCUUCAGUGUCCACGGUGCAACAGUCUGGACACAAAGUUUUGUUAUUUCAAUAACUACAAUGUUAAUCAGCCUCGACAUUUCUGCAAGAACUGCCAAAGGUAUUGGACCGCUGGUGGAACAAUGAGGAAUGUUCCGGUGGGUGCUGGGAGACGAAAGAACAAGCACCUAGCCUCUCAGUUUCGCCACAUUAUAGUGUCUUCUGAUGGAAUUUCAACCUCUAGGUUGGAAACCACAGACUCAUGUAGUCACCAACUUAUCUCGUCUCCUGAAUCAUCAGCUGCUUUCAGGUCUUCAUUGGCAAUGGAUAAUGGUAUUGUAUUGAAAUUUGGUCCAGACGCCCCUCCUCUCUGCGAAUCCAUGGAGACAAUGCUUACUAUAAGAGACCAGAACAGAAAAGUUGAUGCAGAAAGUAGGAAGGAGCCAUCAUUAUGUGGAUCUUCCGUAGCAAGUGGUAGCGGUACAGAACUUGUCAUGCAAAAAGAGCAAUGUGUUUCUAAUCAGCUUAGUUCAUCAAAUCAAAUGCAAUGUUACCCUGUUCCUCCACUGUUGUUUCCCUGGAAUCCAGAUUGGAACAAUGUUGUUUCCAUGACUCCAAUUCAUCAAUCUACGGCACCAAUCCAGUGGUAUCCUGCACCGUUGGUGGCAGCUCCCGCCAUGUGCCCACCUGGCAUUCCUUUACAAUAUGCACCACCAUCAUACUGGUCUGCUGGCACUGGGACCGUCUCUAUGGGGUCUAAUGGUUGUCUUUCACCAUCAUCGUCAACUAGUAAUAGCUGCUGCUCAGGCAAUGGCUCUCCAACUUUGGGAAAACACUCUAGAGAUACAGUCUUCACCGAUGAAGAGAAGACUGAGAAGUGUGUUCUGGUUCCCAAGACUCUUAGGAUUGAUGAUCCAAAAGAUGCCUCAAAAAGUCCAAUUUGGGCUACAUUAGGUAUAAAACCUGACAAGAAGGAGUGUGAAUUAGAUGGUCGUAGAUCAAAAAAGUUGGAAGCUGAAGGAGAUGGAAAAGACCGUGUGUUGGGUGUCUCUCAAAUUUUGGAAGCUAACCCAGCUGCUAUCUCUCGUGCGCAUGCAUUCCAGGAGAGCUCACAAUGAGUUUUCCAGCUUCAAAUUUUCAGCAUCUUGUGGAUAUAUGGCUGACUUUUGGUUCCAUGCAGAAAAUUUCUUGUGAAUGUAUCACGACUAUGUCGAAUCGUUUGUGAUUCUUAACGUUGUCCUUACACCGAUUUUGAUAUCAAGCAUAUUUAGAAUGUGGUGGUUCUUGGCAUUAACACAAUAAUCAACAAAGAUCAUCUGUUGGGAUCACCAA